AUUUCUUUAUAAAUUAAGAUCUGAUCUUACAUUAAUUUUGUCAUUGAUGAACGUGCUAUUAUUGCAAUUAAUUUCGUCACCUGCCCAACUGAAAUUGCCAUUUCCUUCAUUUAUGGACGCGACUCCUCGCUUAAUUUGAUAAAACCCAGAAGCAAUUCUACAGCCAGUCACAUCUCUAUUGCUCAAAUUCUGAGUUUUGAAGCGAACCAGUAAUGGCAUCGAACACUGAGCUCAAAUCUGACGCCAUUUUCGACCUCAUGAAACAUUUCCUCGAAACCGACGAAGGUAAAAAGGUCAUCCAGAAGGUCAAUCUUGUCUAUCAAUUCAACAUCGCUCCUAAGAAAAUUGGGUUCGAUGAGGUGGCUUACACUGUUGAUCUCACGAAAGGAGAGGUGAAGAAAGGGGCAGUCGAAGGAAAAGUGGAUGCCACCUUUUCCUUCAAGGAUGAAGAUUUUGUGAAGCUUUCCACGGGGAAGUUGAAUCCCCAGAUUGCCUUUAUGAGGGGUGCCAUAAAGAUCAAGGGCAGUCUGAGCGCAGCUCAGAAAUUCACUCCUGACAUUUUCCCAAAGCCUUCAAAGAUGUGAGGAUAUGCAUACGCUGAAGGAACAAUCCAUAUUAGGAUUGUUAUAAAUUGUUGGUAAAACUGCAUUUUAAAUGUCAACUUUAAUCUGUGUAUUAGUAAAAAAGUAUGAGUAGUUGGUAGGCAUCCAACAUCCAUCCUUGAUAAUGCAUCACGUUUCUGGAUUUAUCAUUGUACUAGAGAGGGCCUUGAAUUAUGAAGUUUAACAAUCCUCCUUUUCAAUCA